AAGUAUUCUCUUCUGUCUUGCGUAGAUUUCUCAUUCGGAUCUUCGUAUAUUGCUGUCUAUCCUCACCUUCCUUUUUCCUCUCCUUUCUCUUAUAUCCUGUCCGAAUCAUUCUUUCCACACCUCAGAUUUUUAAUAAUUUCUCAGACUUCCUGGGGAUUUGCUCGAGCGAAUGGCGAAUCAAAUCGCAGACGUGAGCUAUGAAGAGGAAUAUGUCCUCAAUUCUAGAGGGUUGAAGCUUUUCACCUGCAGAUGGCUUCCCAGCGGCGAACUGAAAGCUUUGAUCUUUAUCUGCCACGGUUAUGCCAUGGAGUGCAGCAUCACCAUGAACAGCACGGCUAUCCGGCUGGCGAAGGCAGGCUUCGCGGUGUACGGGAUCGACUACGAAGGCCACGGGAAGUCGGACGGGAUGCAGGGGCUCGUCAACAGCUUCGACGACGUGGUGGACGACUGCUCCAAUCACUUCACCAGCAUCUGUGAGAAGAGAGAGAAUAAGGGGAAGAUGAGAUAUUUGAUGGGAGAGUCGAUGGGAGGAGCGAUGGCCCUCCUCUUACACCGGAAGAAACCGGAUUUCUGGGACGGUGCUGUCUUGGUCGCCCCCAUGUGUAAGAUUGCAGAGAACGUGAGACCUCAUCCCAUGGUGAUUACUAUCCUAACCCAACUGUGCAGAGUCAUUCCAACUUGGAAAAUAAUCCCGACCGAUGACAUAAUCGACCUAGCUUUCAAAGAGCCCGAGGUCAGGGAACAGAUAAGAGCAAACCCAUAUUGCUAUAAGGGACGGCCUCGCCUGAGAACUGGCCACGAACUAAUGACGGUCAGCAUGGACUUGGAGAAGAGACUCGACGAGGUUUCGUUGCCGUUCCUGGUCCUGCAUGGAGGUGAGGACAAAGUGACGGACAAGGCGGUGAGCCAGCUCCUCCACGAGGUGGCCUCGAGCGAGGACAAGACGUUCAAGCUGUACCCCGGGAUGUGGCACGGUCUGCUCUACGGAGAGCCUCCCAGCAACAUCGACAUCGUGUUUGCCGACAUUAUCAGCUGGCUCGACGAGCGGAGCGCUCUCGGGAACUCGAGGCUGGAGAGAGAACAGAAAAGCGCGGAGGACGAUGCCCACUCUGUAAAGGCCAAAUAGUGGGGGGAAGAGCGAGGCUAAUUGUUUGAUUUAUACAUGAAGAGAGAAAACAGAGUUUUCUUUCUCGUUUAUCCUUGUCCUCCCCGAUUGAGUUCACAGUCAUAAGAGAUACUCCAGUGAUCCUAGUCCGUAGUUCCUAUUCCGAAUUGUAUUUACUUAAAUGUUUCAUUCGUAAA